GGCCGCCGCUCCGCACCCGCCGCCGCCGCCCUCCCUCGGCUCGCCGCGUCCCCCGGGCCGCGUCCGCAGGCUGAGCCCAGGCGGGCCGCGGCGAGCACCCCGCAGCUCCGCGCCCCCGCCCGGCCCCGCUCCCCGCGGAAAGUUGGGCUGCGGCGGGCGGCGUUCGGGAAAGAGCGAGGCGGCAUGAGGGGGCACCGAGGGGGCGCCUAAGACACCGGGAAGGCGGCGCCGCGCGAGGGGACAACUUCGCCCGGGAGCCCGCGCCCGCAGCCCCCGGCCGGGGCUCGCGGUGAUUCCUCCCGUCCCUCGGCCUCCCCCCCGCCGAUCGAGACGCGGACCUUGGUCCCGGCGGCUCCGCGGCGGUGACACGAGCCCGCCUCAGCCGCCGCCUCGGUCUCCUGCCGCGCCGCCACCUUGCCCGCACCAUGGAGUUCUCCGAGAGGAAAAGAAGCAGGAAAUCCCAGAGCUUCAAACUGGUGAGCCGAGAUUAUCACCAUGAGGUGUAUAAGAUCUCAGAAUUCAACAACGAUGUUAAUGGGGAGACCAAAGAGACACAACCCAUUUUUUUAGGAGAUGAAAACAUGGAAAUUAAAAAACAGAUUACAGGGAUGAGAAGAUUGCUGAACGACAGCACUGGCAGAAUAUACCAGCGUGUUGGCAAAGAAGGAGAAAAACUCAAAGAAGAGCCCCAGGAUUUGGAGUUAGUCUGGCCCCAGCGUCUGAACUCCACGGCCGAGGCCCCACAGGGCCUCCACCCUCCUUCACGUGGGGCAUGGAAUGAACUACCAACCCAAAGCGGGCAGUUCUCAGGGCAGUAUGGUACACGUUCUAGAACCUUCCAGAGUCAGCCCCACACCUCUGCAAGUUCCAAUGGAGAACUUCCAGGGGUGAAUUCAUCAGCUGGAUCCAACUGUUGUACUUGUAACUGCCAGUCAACGUUGCAGGCCAUUCUCCAAGAACUCAAGACCAUGAGGAAAUUAAUGCAGUUUCAAGCAGUUGGAACUCAAAACAGACAACAACCCCCAAUUUCCCUUAUAUGCUCCCAGCGAACCGCUGUCUCACGCAAGAGAAAUAAAAAGAAAAAGGUGCUCCCAAAGACUGUGGAGCCUGUGACUGUGAAGCCAAAGCCCAGUCGGUUGGAAAUGGAGAAGAAGCCAGCAGCCGUGGCCACAAGGCCAUCUGGGCUCCAAGCCGCAGAGCACACCUCCACUGAGGAGAGCCACGUCCUAGGAUUUGGCAUUGUUCUCGAAUCACCUUCCUCAGAUCCAGAAGUGCAACUUGCUGAAGGCUUCGAUGUGUUUAUGCCAAAGUCUCAGCUGGACUCUAUAUUGUCAAACUACACUCGCUCAGGAAGCCUUCUAUUUAGAAAACUGGUGUGUGCAUUUUUUGAUGACAAGACUUUGGCUAACUCCUUACCCAAUGGGAAGAGGAAAAGAGGACUCAAUGACAACCGAAAAGGGCUAGACCAGAACAUCGUGGGUGCAAUCAAAGGACAGUGUAUUAACAUUAUAAAGCACUCUGAAAUUGGGGACUAUAAAUGA